AUGUCAAACUCCUACCGAGAAUCUAGCGAAUCCCGCGAAACGCAGGAAGUGCACCAGCCAGUCGCGUUGCUCUUCCGAACUGUCCUGGCCAGCCCCAUGAUCCAGUGGAUGAUACCAGCCCGUCUCCGUAGCAAAGACCACAAUGACGUUGUCUUUGUGGGUGAAAAGCGCGUGCAGAUCAAAGAAGCCAUAAAUGGCCACCUUGAAGAUGUGCUUGAAAAGACGGAUUUUGAUGCACCAAUUGUGGGUGCAAAGGUAAUCAAUGUCAGCACUCAGCUGCCUUUGGACACACAGGUCAGGGCCGGGGGUCGUGCGAAAGAAAUGAAUAUCGAUCCGGACCAUCUACCUCCUCAGAUCCUGCUACUCGCUCUGGAUAUGAAGGAACUUGUCUUCCUUUACCGUUCGAUUUCCAAUGAGGACUUCUUCGUCACCUAUCGUCGGCCACUGCCCCAAGACGUCAGUUUGGCUGAGAAGUUUGGGCGGCACAUUGCGGUCGAUCCAAAGUCGCGGGGACUUGCCGUCAGCGCGUCAAGCAACUAUUUCGGUGUUUUCUGGUUGAAUUCUCCCCAUGAUCUCCAGCUACAGAUGACGAAUGGGCAGCUGGAUCCGGUGGAAGCGGAACAUUUCUUCACGGUGGAUGGAGACAUACUGUUCAUGGAGUUUCUCUAUCCUAGAGCUCCCCCCAAUGAUAAAACCAUCACCCUGCUUCUCAUAGUUUCCCAGGAGAGUGGCACCCAAGCUGUGGUCUAUCAAUGGGAUGAGCAGAACACCAUGCGCCGGACCAGACCCCGAGUCAAGGAAAUCAAACUACGGGAACAGGAUCGACAGCCGACUAUGGUGGUUCCGUUGACCAAGGAAUCAUCAUUCCUGCUGAUUACAACCUCUUCGAUGACCGUUUAUUCCACCAACUCUGCAACUCAACCUCGGAUUUACCCCACCAUCAUUCCUGCCCCUGACCAAGGUCAGGCUGCACUAUGGACUCGUUGGGCAAGACCAUCCCGCAAUUGGUUGUAUAGCCAAAACUUCGACGGCAUCUACGUUUGUCGCGAAGAUGGCUGGAUCUACUACUUAGAGUUUGGUAACGAGGGUGCUCUGGAGAACCUAACUGACUUGGGCCAACUUCACUGUGAUGUCGAUACCGCCUUUGAUGUGCUUAAUAUGGGCGACGGAGGGGCCGACUUCAUAAUGGCCGCUGGAAGUAUGGGUGAUGGUGGGCUGUUCGUCCAGAAGGCGCGAGAGCAUCCAAAAUGCGAGCAACGAUUCCUGAAUUGGGCCCCAGUGACAGACGUUGUCACCGUGCCCUCAGGGGCUCAAGGAGCUCUGGAAGACGAUAUGGAUCGCAGUCGACUGUUUGUCUGUUCGGCAUCUUCCUCGGCGGUUGGAGCAUUGACUGAGCUGCGGUAUGGAGUCGAAGCGCCAAUCAAUAUCGCUGCCUCCCUAGGCGAUAUCCCGACGGUUCGGGACAUAUGGAGUGAGGACAUCAAUGGCCGCACAUAUGUGAUGAUCUCAGACCCCAUCUCCUCUCAGCUUUUGUGUAUGAGCUCAGAUUUGGAAGACGAGAUUACUGCUCUUGAUGAAGUGGAUACGGGGCUGGACGAUGCACAGACUUUGGCUGCAGGGUUCACACCCUCGGGGGUGUUUAUCCAAGUGACUGACAGGGCCAUCCAUUUCUUUGUCACAAAUAAGCAAUCCCUUAACAACUCUGUCAAGCAUGAUCCAAACCACAAUCUCAUCACCGUCACUGUUGAUGGCCCUAGCUCUCUGAUUGCUGCUGCGAUGAGAGGUGAGGAUGGAAUGAGCCUGCACGUGGCUCGAGUUGUUACUACGUCUGACUCUGCUGUCUCGAUGUCAAGCGUUGGAAGUCCAGUCGGGAUUGAGAAAUACCCCGUUUGUCUCUCUAUCCAGAAGUUCGGUGAUACCUCAUUUUUGUUCAUGGGCUCGGGUGAUGGAAGCGUGCUCGUAUUCCAUAUUGAUGACGAAGCCGUCACCUUUUUGUUUGACAUCGCCAUCUCUGUUCAAUCGGAAGAAGACAUAUCCAUGGCGGUUGAGAGCUUUGCAACCAUUUCCACCAACGUCAAGGGCUCUCUACAGGCACUUUUGUUUUGUGGUCUGCGAAGUGGCAUCCUUAUUCCGUUCGAGAUUGAUUUCAAUGCUCCCACUCUCAUUGGACUGACUCAGAAACCACCGACACAGAUCGGGAAGACAUCGAUCAGGCUUCAGGGCAGUGGUUCCUUUGCCUUAUUCACAUGUGGACAUGAGCUUUGGCGCGUGUCAUACACUGAAGAUGGCAUGGCCCCCAGCUACUUCCUUUGGCGGGUCUGGAUCACCGACAGAAUCAAUUCCGCUUACUUUCCCGUAACCCUCAACAGCUUCUCUUUAAUCAACUCCCAUGCCUCGGGAAAUACCUUGGGCUCCCUUUUCUGCUUUUCAGAUGGACAGCUGCUCAUGUGCACUCUGGAGAAAAGAGCGAAGCCGGUUCCUCGACGCAUUGAUCUGCCAGGUAGACCCGGCAAGCUUUGCUACUCUAAACACUUGGAAAGCUUGAUUGUAUCAUACACCCUUCCCGACACUCUUCCUGAUGGAGCAUCACCAGAGGACGCUCAACGCCCAUACAUUGAAUUUGUGGAUCCGGACUCGCAGCAGGCAGUGAUCCACCAGAACAGACCGUGGUUGCCAGAAAACAAUGAGCCAUGGCGACCUAAAGGGGGAGGUGACAAAAAAUACCACUUGAUUGCUGUGGGAACCUCGCGGCCCUAUACUGAUGACUUCGACUCGUCUCGGGGUCGGGUCAUCCUCUUGCAAGUCUCUCGCAACCCAGCUAAUCCAUCCCGGAUCGAUUGCUUCUUUAAGCACAUGAAGUCGGUGCAAAAGCCUGUACGCACUAUCGCAUCGUAUGUCGACACUUUGAUCAUCUCUGCUGGCAAGUCUGUUUUCCCGCUGAGGUCCCUCCAUUCCAUGAUCCAAUGGCUUAGCCACGCCGUGCUCUCUCUGCCUUCUCCUGCUGUUGCGAUCACCGUGCAUGGACAGUAUGUCUACAUUACCACCUCGCGCAAUGGGCUCAUGGUGUAUGAAAUCAGGGACGGGUCUUGGGUCCCCCAUGCGUUGGACAUUGUCCAGCGUGAUGGGCUAUCCCACAGUAUCCUCCCCAGCAAUCCAGACCUCACGUUCGCCAGUAGCCGGGGCGGCGGUGUCCGCUUGCUCGUGGAUAUCGAGAACAUGACGAUGAAUCACACGCUUCCAGGACCACGGUCGGAGAUCUAUCUUCCACUCUCCAUCUCCAAACUUCUGGUGGGAAACUGGUGCCCGACCUUAUCUCCCGCCCGACAGGCGAUGUAUGGCGUAGGUCUUAACGGAACGGUACACCAGUUCUUGACUCUCGAGAAAAAAGAAUGGCGUCUCCUCCGAUUCCUACAGAAUCUCUGCGAGAGGGACCCGGCCAUCAACACGUCCCUGACCAAGAGAAGGAGACGCCCCAAUCCAAGGGACCUCGUACCGGUGGAUCCCAGUGGGGUGCAGAGACAGAUUGACGGCGAUAUCCUGGCCCGGCUGAGCGGACUGGACGCCGAUUAUUUGCAGGAUAUGAUCAAGGAUUCUCCGCGCCUUGACCCAUGGCCCCCUAUGCGGAAUGGCUUGGAGUCCCAGUUCUAUGAAAUGGUCCAGGAUGUGCUAGGGGUCUCGGCGAACCAUGGUGAGGCGGCGCUUGGGUGGUUGCGGCAGUUGCUGCACUUGGAAUCUUGA